AUGACCUCCCCCAAAAACAAAGCCAAGAAGAAACAACCCAAAGACAGCAUGACGCUGCUGCCGUGCUUUUAUUUUGUAGAGCUCCCCAUCGUCCUCUCCUCCUUGGUGUCCCUGUACUUCCUGGAGCUGACAGAUGUGUUGUCCCCGGCGACCGUGGGCUUCCGUUGCCACGACCGUGACCUGUCCAUGCCCUACGUGGAGACGGGUGACGAGCUCAUCCCUCUGCUGAUGCUGCUCAGUUUGGCCUUCGCCGGUCCUGCAGCGUCCAUCAUGAUGGGGGAGGGGCUGAUGUACUGCUUGCAGUCCAAACUGAAGACGUGUCCCAAGUCGGAGAGCAGCAUCAACGCCGGCGGCUGCAGCUUCAACUCCUUCCUACGCAGAACCGUGCGCUUCGUCGGUGUGCACGUGUUCGGUCUCCUGGCAACGGCCUUGGUGACAGAUGUCAUCCAAUUGGCCACCGGUUACCACGCCCCUUUCUUCCUCACCGUCUGCCAGCCCAAUUACACGGCUCCGGGAGUGUCGUGCGACAACAACGCCUACGUCACGCGGGACGUCUGCCUGGGGAAAGACCAAUACGCCAUCGUGUCGGCCAGGAAAACAUUUCCGUCCCAGCAUGCAACGCUCUCUGGCUUCGCUGCUGUCUAUAUCUCCAUGUAUUUCAACGCCAGCAUUAGCAGCACCACCAAGCUGCUGAAGCCGUUGCUGGUGUUUGGGUUCUGCAUGGCGGCGGGCCUCGCCGGGCUGACGCAGAUCACUCAGCACCGCAGCCACCCGAUAGACGUCUACGUGGGCUACGUCAUCGGAGCCGGCAUCGGGGUCUACCUGGCUGUGUUUGCAGUGGGAAACUUCAAAGCAUCAGACGAAGACGCUCCCCCGUCCCAGAAACUGGCCCCGGCUCAGCCGAAGGACGGCCUCAGGGUGCUGAACCAGCGGAGCCACGACUCCCUGUACAGGAAGACUCCCCGGGCGUCUGAGAGCAGAGAGGAGCUGGGGGCGGGGCUGGGGGCGGGGCUGGGGUCCGGGGCUCGCUGUAAGGUGAGGAGGGAAAAGGCCUCCCUGGCCUCCCUCAAACGAGCGAGCGCCGACGUGGAGCUCCUGGCGACCCGCGGCCCCAUGGGCAAGGAAACCAUGGUGACCUUCAGCAACACCUUGCCCCGCGUCGCCAACGGCAACAGCCCCAUCUCCCCGUCGGACGAGCUGCCCGCCGCGCAGCGUCACAUGACCUUCCACGUGCCCUACGAUUCCCAGAGGUCUCGGCAGCUGGUGUCCGAGUGGCGUCAGCGCUCGCUGGAGCUGCGCAGCCAGAGCUCACGGGACGAGGAGGACGGGGCGGACGACGGGAGGGACGGAGGGGAGGAAGGAGGAGGAGGAGGAGCAGCGGGAGAGGGAGAGCAGGAGACGCCUUCGUCUCUUUACCCCACAGUGCAGGCCAACAAGGGCAGCGCCACUCCGACUGGAUCCCGGAUGGCGGUGGCGCCCCCGCUGGUUCACAUCCCCGAGGAGGCCUCUCGCCCGCCGCCCGUCUCCCCAAAGAGUGCCAAGACCCGCGCCAAGUGGCUGUCGCUCACCGAGGGAGGAGGGGGAGGAGGAGGAGGAGGGGGGAAAGAGCCGGGGGCCGGGCCCAUCGCCGUGUCCACGCCCCGCGUUCCCAACACGCAGCCCGGCCAGCCGAGGGUCACUCAGGUGAUAGCCAUGUCCAAGCAGCAGGGCCACGCCGUCUCUUCGUCCGCGAAGACGUCGGAAGGCGGCUCCUCCUCCUCCUCCUCCGGCGGCGGCGGCGGCGGGUCCAACUGCUCCGAGUCGCCCUACUACCGCAUCCCGUCCGACCGCGACAGCUGCACGGGCAGCAACCCGGGGAGCAUCGCCGGCAGCGGGAGCAUCGUCACGAUCGACGCUCACGCCCCCCACCACCCGGUGGUGCGCGUGUCGGCCGCCAACGGCAAGCCGUGGGAGUGGAGGAACACCAUCAGCGGCAACAUGAUGGCGUGCGACGCGGCCGGCGACAAGCACCGCGUCUCGCUGCAGCGGCAGGACAACGUCAACCACUACCGGGAUUACCGGACGCUGCCCAUGAAAACGGACUCGCCGUGCUCCUCCUCGGCCGGCGGGGGAGGGGAGUUGCCUCCCCCGCCUCUGCCUCACCCUCCUCUGCUGUUGUCGUCGUCCCCUCUCCCGCCACCGCCUCCUCACUCGUCCGCUUCGCCCUUGCCUCCCCCUCCUCACCCGAGCUCCUCGCCGAUGCUUCCGCCGCUCCCUCACCCGGCCUCCUCCCACAUGCCUCCCCCGCCUCACCUGUCCUCUCAGAUGCCCCCACCGCCCCUGCCAUCGUCCUCUCAGAUGCCCCCGCCUCCCUCACCCAUCGUCCUCCCAAAUGCCCCCGCCUCCUCACCCGUUCUCCUGUCAAAUGCCCCCGCCUCCGCGUCCAUCCUCUUCCCCUUUGCCACCGCCCCCUCACCCAGCGUCCUCCAUGCCUCCGCCCCCUCACCCGUCCUGCUCCGGCAUGCUCCCCCCUCCCCCGCACCCCGACCUGCUGAUGGACGGCCACAGCCAGGCGCUGUCCCGCUCCUCCACGCUGCCUCGCCGGCCCUCGGUCUCCGCCCGGAGCCACGCGGAGCAGGAGCACUACUACAAGGCCAUGCAGAACGAGCGGAUGUUAUAGCCGUCCGUCGUCUGCAAUGGUUUCCACGUCCGGAGACUCGGCUGAAAGAGACGGCGAAGACACGCGGCGAGAGAUUUAUGACUUUUUGA